GUUUGGCAUAAAUUGGCCUCAAACUCUGCCAUGCAUGCACACUAAGUUUUAACAUUCAAGCUCACUUCCUGCUGUUUGCAGUAGUGCUUGGAACAUAUGCAGCAUGUAAUCAUUGCAUUGACUAUGACAGAAAAAGUUGAGCAGAGAAUCUGCAUCAAAUUUUAUCAAAAGCUUGGAGAUACCUGCUUAGAGGCCUAAGCAAAGUUUUCAAAGAGUUUUCAUCGUUCUUAACACAAUCAAGAAGAUCUUGUGCAAGUGAAACCCAAGUGUCCUUUUGGUCAGCUGAAAGCAGUUCUGGCACAAACUUGGCAGACACGCGUCUCAUACCCAAAUCUUCAGCGAUAAUGGACUGAACUGAACCGUAACUAAUCUGCACAUCCUCUGAUAACUCACAGACGGUGAUUCAAUGAUUUCCCCUCGCAGCUGCACUGCAAUGCCUGUGGCCAACGAGAGAAAAUAUAUAAAAAUAUAGAACCUUCAAAAACAAAUGAAGGUGUGCAAUGCACCUUGACUAAUUAUCUGUUACAAUAUCCUCAGGUUGAGCAAGUGAUAUUUGGCUGAGGGACAAUAUUGCGUGCGAACCUGUUUGAUUAUUGUGCCUUUUAGUGUUAAUUUGUUGCCUCUCCCCAGGGACAUUUAGUGGAAUCCCUUAGUUGCAAGUAUUCGGGUUUAGUCUCUAGUCAAAGAAGAGUUAACUGCUUCUCCAUCCAUGACCACCACCUCAAGGUCUGGAAAUCCUGAAAAUAGUCACGAAUGUUGCCCUUUCUCCUCUGAUAAGGCUUUUAAAAAUCUUUAAAACAAAAGUGUGAUUGGAGAAAGAUUUUGCUGUUAUUUUUAGCAGAUCCUCUCAUUGUCUUGUGUUGUGUAUGUUUCAUUUCUUAUAUUUGUCCAUUUGUCUCCCUUCUUUACUCUUACUUUCUCUCUCACUCAUUCUCUCUUUAUUGUUCCUCCCCAUCACACUAAUACUCUAACUCAGUCCACCACCCCCCUCUCUCUCUCUCUAUUUUUCUUCAAAGACAUCAGUAGGCCUUCUUGCCUCUUUUAUCAACAACUUUUGGUGGUUUCCUGUAUCAGAAUUUAAUAAAAGCUGACAGUUCACCAGAAGGAACAGAUUUGUUUGCUGUGAGAGAGACGGGUCUGGCACCCUGUGCACCAUCCUGGACUUCAAUAACUCUACAAAAACAUAGACUACAACAAAGGCUUACUAAAUCACCACAAGAAACAGAUGUCUGUGUCUGUUGCCUUGAAGAAUGUCUGCCAGAAAUCUGGGGAAGGACCACAUUGGGAGGAAAGCACCAAAUCCUUGCUGUUUGUUGAUGUAGAAACUGGACAUUUACAUAAAUGGAAUUCUGUUGACUACACACACACCAAGUUUAAAGCUGAUGGAUACGUAAGCUUCAUUAUUCCUCGAGAGUCUGGUGGUUACAUCGUUGCCUGUUUUGCCCAACUUGCUGAUUUUGACUGGGAGACUCAAGAAUUAAAACCUUUCAUCAAAAUAGAAUCCGAUAAACCAGAAAAUGUAUUCAACGACGGUAAAUGUGACAGUUAUGGUCGACUGUGGACAGGUACCAUGAAGACAAUCAAGGACAAACUUGAAAUAACUGAAGCUGGACAUCUUUAUCGAAUUGAUAAAGAUCUCUCGGUCAAUGCCAUCAAAGACAAGAUCAAUAUAUCUAAUGGUAUGACAUGGACAGCAGAUGAUAAAACCAUGUUCUACACCCAUACGCUUCCUAGAAAAGUAUUUUCUUAUGACUAUGAUGUUUCUACCGGAGAAAUCUCCAGAGAACAAGUGGUUAUUGAUUUUGAAGGCCAAGAACUCCACGAAUAUGGGGUGCCAGAUGGAAUGACAAUUGAUUUAAAUGAUAAGAUAUGGUUGGCUUGCUUCUCUAGUGGCAAAGUAUUCCAGAUUGAUCCAGAAACAGGCAACAACAAAAACAGUCAGAUGAAAUGAAAAAAUAAAAUACAAUAAAACCAAUGCAAGCUGAUACAGCAGCAAAACAAUGUGUGGACAUGUUUAACAUAGAGAUAAGACAAUAUGAUAACAUACAAAAGAAAAAAAAAAUUAGUUGAAUAAAUUAAAACCAUUAAGAAGAAAAAUAGAAAUGGAAAAAUUUCUGGGAAUUUAAUCAAAAACUGAAGAGGCCCAGUGUUUAAAGGUUUUGUAAUUAGUAUGACUUACUUGAAAUACAAUUCCAGGCUGCAGGUCAGAAUUCUUGCAAAAGAAAAAUUCAAAAAUAAGAUAUCUUUUUAAUUCUUCGUUUCAAUUUUAAAAAC